AUGUGUCCUUGUACAAAAUGUGCCAAUUGUCACUCUUAUUCUCGCAUAUGUGUUUAUGAACACUUAACAGAUCCACACCGUGGAUUUCUUAGAGGCUAUAGACAAUGGAUAUAUCAUGGUGAAAAACUUAGAACUUCAAGUAGCGCUACUAAACAAAAUGUAGAAAUGGAGCAUGACAUGGAUGGAUUAGUUCAUGAUGUAUUUGGAAUUCAUUCUACAGAAGAGUCAAUUUGUGGUGAAGGUGAAAGAAUUCCCGAAGUUAGAGAAAACUCUAAAUUUUAUGAAUUUGUGAAGGAGAAUGAGCAAAUCCCCAACUGUAAGAAGUAUAGCAAGCUAUCAUUUAUGAAACCCAAGGUGUUACACAAGUCGUUCUCCAUGUUGCUUGAUUUACUAAGAGAUGCUUUACCCGAAGAAAAUAUUUUGCCAAAGUCAUAUUAUGAAACUAAAAAGAUUGUUUCAGAAUUAGGUUUGGGGUAUGAGAAGAUUCAUGCUUGUCCCAAUGAUUGCAUAUUAUAUUGGCAUAAAUAUGCCAAAUAUGAAGCAUGUCCAAAGUGCAAUACGACAAGGUGGAAAACAACAAAUGAAGACGUAAAAGGUAAUGGAAUGGAGACUUCUGAGAGGCGAAAGAAGAAACCAGCAAAGAUCCUUCGAUGGUUUCCAUUGAAACCAAGGUUGCAAAGGUUAUUCAUGUCCUCCAAAGUUGCAGAAUCAAUAAGAUGGCACCACGAGAGUAGAUUGAAUAAUGGUUCUCUUAGGCAUCCAACUGAUUCCCUUGCUUGGAAGAAUUUUGACGCUCGGUAUCCAACAUUUUCGCUAGAUCCUCGUAAUGUUCGAUUAGGAGUGGCUUCAGAUGGUUUCAAUUCUUUCAAGACUAUGAGUAUUACUUAUAGCACUUGGCCUGUCAUUCUAAUUCCUUACAAUCUUCCUCCUUGGAUGUGCGUGAAACAACCAUACUUCAUGUUAUCACUAUUAAUUCCGGGUCCAAAAGGUCCUGGAAAUAACAUUGACAUUUAUCUGCAACCUUUAGUACAAGAGUUGCAAGAGUUAUGGGAUGAUGGAAUUGAAAUAUUUGAUGCUUAUAAGAAAGAGACAUUUCCACUUCGUGCAGCUAUGAUGUGGACUAUUAAUGACUUUCCAACAUAUGAUAACUUGUCUGGAUGA